GGGCGGGGCGGGUGCAGGUGAUCGGCCAGGUCUCCCUGACUCCCGGGCUCCAGUCACUCCGGAGACCGAGCCAUGGGGGGAAAGCGGAGCGAGGCGGAGGCGCACGGGAAGCCAGCCCAAUAUGACCCCUCCUUUCGAGGCCCUAUCAAAAACAGGGGCUGCACCGACAUCAUCUGCUGCCUCCUCUUCCUGGUGUUCAUUUUGGGGUACAUCGCCGUGGGCCUCGUGGCCUGGGUGUACGGAGACCCCCGGCAGGUCCUCUACCCCAGAAACUCCACCGGGGCCUACUGCGGGGUUGGGGAGAACAAGGACAAACCCUACGUCCUGUACUUCAACAUCUUCAGCUGCAUCCUGGCCGCCAAUGUCCCAGAGGCUGUGCAGAGCGGCCUCCGCUGCCCAACCCCGCAGGUGUGCGUGGCCUCCUGCCCAGCCACGCCGUGGACCGUGGGAACAGAUGAGUUUUCCCUGACGGUGGGUGAGGUCUACGGCCAGAACAGGAGCUUUUGUCUGCCAGGUGUGCCCUCCGAUAUGAAGGUGCGGGACAGCCUGGAACAGGACCUCUGCCCCCGCUUCCUCCUCCCCUCUGCCCCAGCUCUGGGGCGCUGCUUCCCUUCUGCCAACGACAGCUACAGCUUCAUAUCAGGGGAGGUCAUUGGCAGCAUGUCCCAGGCGGUCAGCGGCCUCGUGGACAGCCUCAACGCCCGUGAUAUCAGCGUGAAGAUCUUUGAAGACUUCGCCCGAUCCUGGUACUGGAUUCUCGUUGCCCUGGGCGUGGCUCUGGUCCUGAGUCUGCUGUUCAUCCUGCUUCUGCGCCUGGUGGCCGGGCCUGUAGUGCUGGUGCUGAUUGUGGCGCUGCUGGCCGUGCUGGCCUAUGGCAUCUACCACUGCUGGGAGCAGUACCGCUGGCUGCGCGACAACGGGGCGCCCUCCCUGUCCGAGGUGGGCUUCACCACCAACCUCAGCGCCUACCAGAGCGUCAAGGAGACCUGGCUGGCUGCCCUGAUCAUACUAGCCGUGCUCGAAGGCAUCCUGCUGCUCCUGCUCAUCUUCCUGCGGCAGCGCAUUCGCAUCGCUAUUGCCCUCCUCACAGAGGCCAGCAGGGCUGUGGGACACAUGAUGUCAACCAUGUUCUACCCGCUGGUCACCUUUGUCCUCCUGGUCAUCUGCAUUGCCUACUGGGUCACCACUGCUCUGUACCUGGCCACAUCCGGGCAACCCCAGUACGUUUACUGGGCACCCAACACCAGUGCCCCAGGCUGCGAGACAGCGCCAGUGAACCAGACGUGUGACCCCAUGGAACAGUCCAGGAACCACUCCUGCCGGGGGCUCAUGUGCGUCUUCCAGGACUACUCUUCCACAGGCCAGGUGCAGCGCACCCUCUUCAACCUGCAAAUCUAUGGGGUCUUGGGACUCUUCUGGACUGUGAACUGGGUGCUGGCCCUGGGCCAGUGUGUCCUGGCUGGGUCCUUUGCCUCCUUCUAUUGGGCCUUCCACAAGCCCCAGGACAUCCCUACCUUCCCACUGACCGCGGCCUUCAUUCGGACACUGCGUUACCACACCGGGUCCCUGGCCUUUGGGGCUCUCAUCCUGAGCCUGGUGCAGAUUGCCCGAAUGGUCCUGGAGUACAUCGACCACAAGCUGAGAGGAGCAGAAAAUGCGCUGGCGCGCUGCAUUAUGUGCUGCUUUAAGUGCUGCCUCUGGUGCCUGGAAAAGUUCAUCAAAUUCCUGAACCGAAACGCGUACAUCAUGAUCGCCAUCUAUGGGAAGAAUUUCUGCGUCUCAGCCAAAAAUGCCUUCAUGCUGCUCAUGCGGAAUGUGCUCAGGGUGGUGGUCCUGGAUAAAAUCACAGAUCUGCUGCUGUUCUUCGGGAAGCUGCUGGUAGUCGGAGGCGUGGGGGUACUGUCGUUCUUUUUCUUCUCUGGUCGCAUCAAGGGGCUGGGUAAGGACUUUGAGAAUCCCACCCUCAACUAUUACUGGCUUCCCAUCAUGACGUCUAUCGUGGGGGCCUAUGUCAUUGCCAGCGGCUUCUUCAGCGUAUUCGGCAUGUGCGUGGACACGCUGUUCUUGUGCUUCUUGGAGGACCUAGAGAGGAACGACGGCUCGCGCGAACGGCCCUACUACAUGUCCAAGAGCCUGCUGAAGAUCCUGGGCAAAAAGAACCAGGCACCGGCGGCGAACAAGAAGGGGAAGAAGUGAGCGCGCCGGGACCGCGCCCCUGCCAUGCCCAGCCGUACCGCGCCUGCGGUACACAUCCCAAAUGCAUAGUGAUUGUAAUAAGAAUUAAAGAUUGCUAUUUUUGUGUUCUCA